GCGAAAAUCAGCUGGUUUUAACGUUUCUCUGGUUCGCUAUAUCGCCAGACGUCACGGCGAUUACGUCAGGCAGAGCUGUGACAUAGGAGGUCGCUGACACCGCGUGUUGAGUCGCAGCUGACCGUUAGCUUAGCUGUUAGCAGGUAGCUCUGUUACAAAUAAACCUGAUCAGUGAUCGAUACCUGCUGAUCACCAGGAAGUGAUGCUGAGAGCUUCAGGAUGAGCCAAGGAGGAGCACAGAGAGGGAGCAGAGCCACCGAGGAGGAGCAGGAGGAGGACUUCUACGACUGUCAGGAGACCCUGCAGCCUCCAAACCCCACAGGAGGAGGAGGAGGAGGAGGGGAGGAGACCCAGCAGCACAUUCACAUUAAAGACACUCAGACAGGUGGAGGAGCAGGGGACAGAGAGAUGGAGGCAGGAGGAGGACAGCAGGAGGGGAAGCAGGAUGACAGCCUGAAGAAGGAGGAAGAGGAGCAGGAGGGAGUGACAGUUCAGCAGGAGAUAAAGGAGGAGCAGGAGGUGAAGGUUCAGCAGGAUGGAGACUCUCAGCAGGAGGACUCUGACUCAGAGCUGAAAGAGGAGGUGGGCCUGCCCUCAGAGUUUGAUAAUGAAUAUCUGAGGGAGAUGGAGAAGGAGCUGACGGAGGAAGAGAAGGAGAGUCGCCGACAGCAGAGCCUCAGUCUGAAGGAGGCGGGAAACGCCCACUUUAAGAGGGGAGACUGGGCGGAGGCGGGGCGGAGCUACACGGAGGCGCUGUCUAUGUGUCCAGUUUGCUUCAGCAGAGAGCGAGCCGUGCUGUUCUCCAACAGAGCUGCUGCGAGGCUGCACCUGGAUCUGAAGGAACAGGCGAUCUCAGACUGCAGUAGAGCACUAGAGCUGGAUCCUGACUACCUGCGGGCAUUGCUGAGGAGGGCGGAGCUUUACGAGCAGACAGAGAAGCUCGACGAGGCUCUUGAGGACUACCAGAAGGUUCUGGAACGAGACCCGAACAAUGUCCCUGCCAGACAGGCUGCCAUGAGGCUGCCUCAACAGAUCCAGGAAAGGAAUGAGAAGCUGAAGGAUGAAAUGAUCAGUAAGCUGAAGGAUCUGGGUAACAUGAUCCUGCGGCCGUUUGGACUCUCCACCAACAACUUCCAGGUGAACCAGGACUCCACCAGCGGCGCCUACUCCAUCAACUUUGUCCAGAACCCCAACAACAACAACAGGUGAUGAUGUCACCGCUCACAGCCAUGACAUCACAUUUCAGAGCACCGGUUCACCUGUCUGCUGAUCAGUUUAUGACUGAUCGUGAAGAAGCCGGUAUGGACUGGUUAUUGAGGGUUAUUGAUUGUUUACUGACUGGUAAUUGGUUCUUUAAAGAGGAAUAAAAAAGGUGAC